UUACUGUGUUGGUGCCGCUCUGCAAUGAAAACACCGUCACUUGAAGGAGAGACGGGAGCCAGUCCAUUAAUUACUAAGAUUUGAGUGGUAUCCUUUCUGACCUGGUGUGUGAGAUAAGUAUGAGGAGGUUCCAGGCAAUCAGAGGCGUUUGCUGUACUGGAGAAAUCAUCCGUGGUUUCUGCACUCUGCCUGUUAACACCCUUCACUGAGCAGUGCUUUGUGGGCCAUAUCACAGGAGGAAUUUGUCUUCAUGAAGAUUCCUGCCAUUGGUAAUGUGAUGAAUAAAUUUGAAGUCCUUGGGAUUGUAGGUGAAGGAGCCUAUGGGGUGGUUUUAAAGUGUAGACACAAGGAGACCAAUGAAAUUGUGGCCAUCAAGAAGUUCAAGGACAGUGAAGAAAAUGAAGAAGUUAAAGAAACGACGCUGCGGGAGCUUCAGAUGCUUCGGACCCUGAAGCAGGAGAACAUCGUGGAGCUCAAGGAAGCCUUUCGCAGACGAGGGAAGCUCUACCUGGUUUUCGAGUAUGUGGAAAAGAAUAUGCUGGAAUUGCUAGAAGAAUUGCCAAAUGGGGCUCCACCUGAGAAAGUUAGAAACUACAUCUAUCAGUUAAUUAAAGCAAUCCACUGGUGCCACAAGAAUGAUAUUGUCCACCGAGAUAUCAAACCAGAAAAUCUUUUAAUCAGCCAUGAUGACGUACUGAAGCUGUGUGAUUUCGGGUUUGCUCGCAACCUGUCCGAAGGCAGCAAUGCUAACUACACAGAGUAUGUGGCCACCAGGUGGUAUCGUUCUCCAGAGCUGCUGUUAGGAGCUCCCUAUGGGAAAGCUGUUGACAUGUGGUCUGUGGGUUGUAUUCUGGGGGAGCUCAGUGAUGGGCAACCACUGUUUCCUGGUGAGAGUGAAAUCGAUCAGCUCUACACCAUUCAGAAAGUCCUGGGGCCACUGCCCCCUGAGCAAAUGAAGCUCUUCUACAGCAAUCCUCGCUUUCACGGACUGAGGUUCCCUGCAGUAAACCACCCCCAGACACUGGAGAGAAGAUACCUUGGGAUAAUCAGUGGUGUCAUGCUUGAUCUUAUGAAGAACUUGCUGAAGCUAAAUCCAUCAGAGAGAUACUUGACAGAACAGUGCUUGAACCACGUUGCCUUCCAAACCCAGCGUCUUUUGGAUCGCACUGGAAGUUCAUCACCUGCACGCUCCUCCAAGAAGAAGACCUAUCACGGGGAGAACAACGCCUCCUCAAACAGAAACCAUGGAGGCAAAAGCGGGGUCUCGCAGGCACACCACCGAUCGAACAGCAAAGAUACACAUAGCCUACCACGGAGUGAGGACCUCCACCAAACCAACGACAUCUAUCUCAACGGGAACCUGCCCCCCACUGCCGCUAUCAGCCCCACACUGCACCCCAAGAACUACCAGCAGCAUUCCCUCAACCGCUCCAUCUCCAGUAACAAGGACCUGGCCAACAACAACUUGCCUCACCUCCUUAGCCCCAAGGAUGCCAAGGGCAAGACAGAGUUUGAUUUUAAUAUUGGCCCAAAAGCCCCUGACGGCCCCGGCCCCGGCCCUGGCACCAAGUACCUAAAGUCCAGCUCCCGCUCCAAGCAGAACCGACAUUCAUUAAAAGAGGGCAAGACUGGAACCUUCCAGUCAGGGGAGAAGCACAACCGCCACAGCUACAUGGAGCCCAUGCACGGUUCUAUGCCUCCUCCUUCAAAGAACAUGCCCUCCUACCUGACCCUCUCAAAGAGCCACGGGGCCCUCACAGACUCCAAGUCAGUGGGGAACCUCAGUGAAGCCCGGAUGCACCUGGAGGACCCCAGCUCGCGCUACUUCCCCUCUAGCUGCAUGGACCUCAACUCUCCCAGCAGCCCAUCAGCGCCCCGGCACAGCGACAACCGGUCAGCAGUCAGCCCAUCCAUGAGGAGCAACCGAAUGGAGAGCGGUACUUUGGACUCCCGGCGACCAUCCACUCGGCAUGCAAAGAACCUGGAGGAAGUCAAGUCGCCUGACCACAUAGGUGGCAGUGGAGGGCAUUCUCACUCUCUUUCGGCCCCCCAUGAGUCCUUCCCCUAUGGCCUGGGCUACACUAGCCCCUUCUCCUCCCAGCAGCGGCCACACCGGCACUCCAUGUAUGUGCGGCGGGAGCGGCCCCGGGGUCAGGGCAAUGACACAGGCCUCACAGUCGUCCAGGGAAUGCCGUCCCGAGCCAGCAGCCUGCAGCUUCUCUCCCCACAGCUGCAGCACAGGACACUAAACAUGCAGUCUUUGGGGUCCUCGCGGGAGGACUGCACUGAUGACAAGAGCAGGAGUGACCAGUCCCCAACAGAAGGGAACGUCUCGCGACCCCCGAUUAAAGAUUCUUCACGGGACAACACAGCUUCAUUUCACUCACAGCGGCAAAAAGCUGAGGGGGGAGUAUACCAUGAGCCAUACCCAGAAGAUGGGGCGUCCUCAAAGGAAAACAGGAUGAUGUAUACGGACUCCAUUCCCAGAAGAGUAGGGAGCUUUUACAGAGUUCCAUCACCCAGGCCAGAGGGAACAUUCCAUGACAACUCAAUUCAGAGCAAGGCUUCUGCAGUCCCAGCAGAAAGCAACCUAGUAUCUAACCACUCAAAGAGACAAACUGCCUUUGAUCCAUGGAAAAACUCAGAGAAUAUUACCAUCAGUCCUGCAGAGCCACUAAAGGAGAAAGAAAAACAGGGAUUCUUCAAAGCAAUAAAAAAGAAAAAGAAGAAAUCACAAACGACAGAAAACAACGAUGGAAAGAAUCCAGACAUCAAGAAAUGCCUAUUCCCUCUUUUUAAUUCAAAGAAUAGUAUAAAGCAUAGCUCUUCCAUGAAAGCUCUUCCUGUAGUCACUUCGCCGAUGGUACCCGGCAGCGAUGGGCAAGAUCAUCUGGCAAUACAGAAGGCCAUCCGAUCUAAUCAUCAAAGCAGCAGACACAGAAGCAGGGAUCGGGACCGGGACCGAGACAGGGAGAGGGACAGAGACAGGGACUGGCAUCCUGAUAAGAUGACAGAAGUCCAUUCUCAGAGCCAGCCAUUGAGGUCCCUCCGAAAGCUUCUCCACCUUUCUUCCUCCACCAACCACUCGGUCCCCUCUGAAAUGCGCUUCCAGCCCCUUCCAAACCAGCCUUCUAAAGGGGGUUUUAGUGAGGGCCGUGGGCACCCCAGCAGUAGCUCCUCACAAUCCAAGAGCAGGCAGACCUUCCAGCUGCCAGGACAGAUGGAGCCCGGCUGGCAUGUGCCGGCUGUGAACCGCAAAAGCGGCGAUGGGACCCCCUAUCCUGAACAAAUGCCUCCGCAAAGCAGCCAGAAUGGGCACAGCUUUAGCCGAUCAUCUCGUUCCCGGAUGCCAAACCUCAAUGACCUGAAGGAAACAGCCCUGUAGUAUAACCCCCCCCCCCUUUCAGGGCUAGACACAUUCACUGUGCAAAACCACUCUGUGCCCAGUCUUGUUUUUAUAGAACUACCAAGUUUAGAGGUGUGUGAGUGGACAGCAGUCCAAUCAAUCAGGGCGAUGCUAAAAUCUGCUCUGAACUGAUAAAGUAAAUGGUUCUCUUCCUACAGGUUCAUCACUUAAAGGUUUACAGACUCUCAGGCGAGACUUAUUACUGGUUGUAUAACUCCUGUAAUUAGUCUUGAUUAGUCCAGAGCAGAUUAAGAGAUAGUCUGGUUGCUGAGACUGCUGGCAGUGUAUAAUUGAAGUGACAAAUCAAAUCAGGUUGUUUUAAGCAAAACAGGACUCUGUGCAGGGCGAGUGAAUCUUUCUAGCCCUGUCCCAUUAAUGUUGUGUUUGUUGAUUAGGAGGUGAAACUAAAGUCAGGCUUCUGAAGCAGGUGCACCCUUUCCUCAAGGGUGAAUAUCUAUAUGUAUGUCUUAAUUUUUUUAAGCUUCCAUAUUUGAUAGACUUUGUAAUAUUAUAUAUGAUGUUCUAAUUAUUACUUUCUUGUUAUAUUAUAAAUAGGUUACGGUUUAAAAUAAUAACAAUAAUUAUAAAAAUAAGGCAAUUUUAAAAUGUAGUGGAUAAAAGAGUGCAACAGCUUCAGUUUAUAUACACAAAAAAAAAAAAAACAACCCAGUAACAAGUUAUAUAUUUCGUCAGGCGUGUUUAUUCUAAAUAUUAACCUAGGUUUUCAGAACAAGUAUUGUAGUGACAAUAUAAAGUAUGCCAUGCUUUUUUAUAACCUUAACACAGUGACUUGGAGGCCUGUUUUCUGUCACAGAAGCAGGCCUACAUUCUGGUGGGUGCUAAUAACUGCAGUUAUAAACUAUUGCAUUUAUUUCAUAGGUCUUUUAUUAGGAGGGGGGCUAAGUAGACUAGCAGUUGGUGAUCAAAGAAGGUCUAUUAUAAUGAUUUGAAAGACCGGCAGAUCUUAAAUCCACCCAAAAUGUAGAAACCUGCUCUGUUGCUGACCUCAUUAUACUUGUGUUUAGUGAUGCUUCAUCCUUGUUGAAACACCAGCAGGAUUGAAACAGUUUUUUAAGAUGUACCACUAUUUAGAUCACCAACCCCAAUUUAUUUACGCAGACAAAGAAUUGAAUAAGCUAAUCUAUUUACUAUAGUACUUCACAGCAUUACACAGAGCAGGACCUGAUAAGCAGGGGGUCUCUGAAUGCUUAGGCACACACAACCUAAUAGUGCAGCCUUGCCUUAAGCAAAACGUAUUUUUGUGGCUUGCUGGACCACCAAGGUCACACUGUUCCCAGCAUACUGUGUCAUUUUCUGGUACAGCGGAUUAUUAAUAGGUUGUGAAGACGUCAUAAGCGAUUGCUUAGCAACAAGCAAUUAGUCAAGGUGGGAAAGAUUAUAUACAAUAUUAACAAGAUCAGAUCUGUACCAUGCAUUGUUAACCUUGUACAUUAAUGAUCAGUUAUAAUAACUAAUACACUUUGAAAUGUGUUGAAAAGAAAGUUAUGAAUAGCACUGUACGCUUGUUAAUAUGAACAGGCUAUAGCAGUAGUGUUAUAUAAAGGAUGUAAUUAAGGUAUUUUAAUAAGCUUGAUAAUUAAUUUUCACAUCACAAAGCUUUCCACUAGUAUUGUGUAAUCAGAUAUUGUGAUGUUUUAAUACCAUGUUAUAGACGUAUCUUAAUGGUUCAACAGUACAUUUGCUUGAAAGGACAUUAAACAUUUCUGUUUUAUAAAGACUAGUAGCUGUGCAUUUUACAGCUAAUUCCCCCCAAAGUUUAUACGUAGUUUGUUUAAAUCAUGUGUGACCCAUCUUUACUCAGCAGUCUGUGACAGAAAACAACCACUAUCAGUGCUUUGGUUCCAAUAACAAGUGAUAACUGGUCGAACUGUAUUUUAUAAAAAACAAAUAUAGUUCAGUAAAGUCUUUACCAGUUUCCUUGAAGAUGCACUUUAAAUACAGGCUUUAUAGAGUCAGAAUAGCAA